ACUGGCUAAAAAAACACAAAGAGGUCAAAUUCAUGCUUCAUACGUUGGCAAAAAUCGUCACAGUUUUCAGCUCCAAAUUUCAGCCAAUCAGCCAUGGCAAACCAACCUGAAUCCAUCUAUGAUCUUACAGUCAAGGAUGCUAAUGGAGUCAAUGUUGACCUUAGCAUCUACAAAGGAAAAGUUUUACUUGUAGUCAAUGUUGCCUCCAAAUGCGGGUUGACGAAUUCGAAUUACUCCGAGUUGAAUCAACUCUAUGCAAAAUACAAAGCUCAAGGUUUGGAAAUCUUGGCAUUUCCGUGUAAUCAAUUUGGGGAUGAGGAGCCCGGGAGUAACAAGCAGAUUUUAGAGUUUGUUUGUACUCGAUUCAAAUCCGAAUUCCCUGUUUUCGACAAGAUUGAAGUGAAUGGCGAAAACGCUGCACCAAUAUACAAGUUCUUGAAGUCGGGAAAAAGAGGUAUCUUCGGGGACGACAUUCAAUGGAACUUUGCAAAAUUUUUGGUUGGUAGAGACGGGCAGGCUGUUGGACGUUAUUACCCGACAACUUCACCUCUCACAAUCGAGAGAGAUGUGCAGAAACUUGUGGAAUAGAUUCACGACAAGGUCCUCUCGUCAUAAGAUUAACGCGCAGCGAUCAAAAUGCUUUAGAUUUGAUUUUGGUUUUAAAAGACUUGGGGCUUCAUUAAAGAACAUGGUAUUCAUCAAGUUAGGAGGCCUGAGAUAUUCUCCUACUGCUACUUAACCAGGGGUGUAAAUUUCUAACAUCAACACAAGCCUAACGCGAAAUUUACACUGUUAGUUUUUGUC